ACUUUGCUUAAUCCAGAAUGUUCAUCUGAUUCGCGUAUCUCGAGUUGCAUCGGAAAAAAAUCGGUGUCGAACGGUCGGAAUUCUCGGCAAACCGGCUACAAUUUCGCAAUAGGGUCGUGUUCAGCACGAGAUCCAUCGGAGGAACGCUAAUUUCAAGGAAAUGGAGGGCACAGGGAUGAUUAACAGCGGCACGCCCGUUCGCCAGGAAACCAAGAAGCUGUGGCAAUAUCUCGCCACUAUUUCCGGAUGCCUGUUGGUGGUCGGUGUGGGCACAGCUUUAGCAUGGACCUCGCCAGUGCUUCCUCGACUGUACGCAAAGGAUUCCUGGAUGGUGGUAAGCAAGGACGAAGGUUCGUGGGUGAGUUCUCUGUGCCCGCUGGGCGCCAUCGCGGGAGCCUAUCCGUCGGGGAAGAUGGCCGACAAGUUGGGCAGGAAGAAGUCCCUUCUCCUAUUGGCAGGACCGUUCCUCGUAUCCUGGGGUAUCAUCCUAAUUGCCGACGAAGUAUGGUACCUCUACAUCGCCAGAUUCAUCGUUGGUACCAGCGUCGGGGCUGGUUGCGUCCUUGGACCGACCUACAUCUCGGAAAUUUCCGAAGUCUCGACCAGGGGGACCCUGGGCGCUCUGUUUCAGCUGUUCCUGACCGUCGGUAUUUUCGUCGCCUUCGUCCUGGGAUGCGUACUGAGCUACUCUGCGUUCGCCAUGGUCUGCGCCCUCAUCAUCGUCCUGUUCUUGGGUACCUUUUAUUGGAUGCCAGAGUCACCCGUUUGGCUGGUGGGUGAAAAAAGAAAGCAAGACGCGACGGUGGCGUUGGCGGUGCUCAGAGGCGAGGAUUACGAUCCCGGAGAAGAGUUGAACAAGAUGCAAGCGGAGGUCGAGGCGAAUGCUGGCAGGGAGGUCACCAUCUCCGACAUGAUGAAGUCUCCGGUUCACAAGAAAGCCAUGACCGCGUCCUUCGGUAUGAUGUUCUUUCAACAGGCAUCCGGCGUGAACGCGGUGAUCUUUUACACGGUGAUGAUCUUCGAGGCGUCCGGAAGUUCGAUAGCGCCGGACCUGGCGUCCAUACUGGUCGCGCUCGUUCAGUUGAUAAUGUCGGGUGUUGCGGCGCUGAUCGUGGAUCGAGCCGGAAGGAAGCCGCUGCUGAUGAUUUCUUCAGUUCUUAUGUCAUUUAGCCUGAUCGCGCUCGGUUACUACUUCAAGCAGAAAGACGGCGGAAAUGACGUGAGCUCGCUCGGCUGGUUGCCAUUGACUUCUUUGAUCGUCUUUAUGAUAGCCUUUUCUAUCGGCGUGGGCCCCGUACCAUGGAUGUUGAUGGGCGAGCUGUUCUCCACAGAGACGAAAGCGGUCGCGUCCAGCAUCGCGGUGAUGUUGAAUUGGGGCAUGGUGUUCGUGGUGACGAAAACCUUCCCGACGAUGAACGAGAAAUUGGGCACAGCCAUGACGUUCUGGAUCUUCGCGGCGAUCAUGGCGGGCGCGACCGCGUUCGCGCAUUUUCUCGUACCGGAAACCAAGGGAAAGACCUACCAGGAGAUCCAGAUCGAGCUGCAGGGCGGCGUUCGAACGACCAAACCUGUACCUUAAUUUCGAAAUCGAUCGAGAUCUUAUCGUUGCAAAGACUCUUAAAAGUUUCGCGUAA